AUGUCCUUCUGGACAUGCUGUGACACGGCCGGGGAGAAUUACUCUACAAACACCUCCUAUCGCAGCUCACUCCAUACAUGUCUACUGCGCCAAAGUCGGAGUCCCGAAAGACUGUCAAUUAGCUCACCGUAGCCGUCGCCGACACGGCGGCACCGUUGUACUUCGCACAGGACGUGAGAUGCGUGGUGCUCACUGACAGCGGUCAGCGACUCACCGAACUCUACCUGUACCCGGCUGCGCUUAUGUGUGGUUGGCGGCACGAGCGAGCGACGUCGUCUCAUGAUGCAUUCAAUAGUACGCUCACUGUCCUGGCCUCUCGUACUUAGAUACGUACCGGCUACUGAACAUAGCAAUCCCCGCCACCAUCGACCGACGCGCGCCCACUGCGUCGUCGGAUGCACUCGGGGAACAGUGGGCCCACGGCCGGGGUGCCGUCGUCGAUACACAUAUUUCAUCCUGGACAUCAUCCGCGACAGGAUCGGCGCAGCGGGCAAGCGGCGGUGGAGGUACGAGGCGAUCUAUGCUACCCUCGCACGGAAGCCCAGAUCAGUGGUUGCAAGCCGCGAAGGCGCUCUCGACAUUCACUCCGCAAGCCUUGGAUGGAAACGCGCCGCCGAGUCACCAAGCACUAGCCCGGUGCAUCUCCGCAGCAUCUACGGUAGACGUACCGCACAGGCGGGUCGGCUUACGCCAUCGGACCUGGCGGUGCGCACCCGCUGUCUCGACUACGGGCAACCUGGACUUGAACGUGAUCGUUUUCAAGUCGCCGUGGUGCAACACCCCGCGCCACGUCUAGUACCCACAAGUAUUUCCUUUUCCGCCGCCGAGGGCACCUUCGCCGCGUACUCUGAUCCGACCGCCCGGCAGCUUUUCUUUGCUUUUCUCUUCUCACAACCUGUCCUCUGCCUCACGCGCUGAGCUCUAUACUUCGCAGCUGCAGUCUUUAGUCGACCCCGGCGAGAUAAUUACAGACACGCCGCAAGUGGCUAAGGGGCGCCUCGCAGCUUGACCUCUUUGUCGACGACGACGAACCGCCCGCCCCACAUGGACCCGCUU